AUGAGACAAUUUUAUAAGCUUCAUCAGAAAGUUUUAAGAAUUUGUUGUCUGUUUCCAGCCAUGGCAGCAAAUCGUUUUUCCACAAUAGUCGCCAUGCUUUUGGUUGUUUCGGUAGCUCUCGCUUCUCUCCCACCUCCACCUCCAGGUACUUUUGCUUCUGCACCAUACCAGGAUGUUUUUGACGAGACCAACAACACCAACCGGAACUCUCCUAAGUCUAUUCCAACAUGGGUCAUUGCUGUGACGGUAGUCGUGCUUGGAGAGCCGGUGUCACUACAACUAGUCCGAGCACGAGCAGCACCUUACAAAUUAUAA